AUGGUCGAUCGUCGUCCAAAGACUGAGGACGGUUCGCGAUCUAAGCGUCAAAAAAUGGACAAGACCGAGACGGAUCCCAAGGACAAUCCGUACCUGGCUCACAUGUACGCUGAUGAGGACUCGAACGGUAAUGGAUGGGACGAUGGUAUGGCAGAGAAGAACCCGGCCUAUGGCAAAUUGAAGAGACAUCAGACGACGGCGAAGCUGGCGAAGGACGUUGAGGAUAGCGAGGUCAACCCGUUCAACGGACAGCCGUUCUCAAAUAAAUAUGUCUCGAUCCUGCAGACUCGUCGCGAUCUUCCAGUCCAUGCUCAAAGAGAUGAGUUCCUCCAGCUCUACCAGCAGUCCCAGAUUCUAGUCUUCGUCGGUGAAACCGGUUCCGGAAAGACAACACAGAUCCCCCAAUUCGUCCUGUUCGAUGACCUUCCACAGACUCAAGGCAAGCAGGUUGCCUGUACUCAGCCGCGACGUGUGGCGGCUAUGUCCGUCGCUCAACGUGUAGCUGCGGAGAUGGAUUGCAAGUUGGGAGAGGAAGUUGGUUACAGUAUCCGUUUCGAAGACAUGACGAGUCCCCGGACAAUCCUCAAGUACAUGACGGAUGGUAUGCUUCUGAGGGAAGCGAUGAACGACAACACACUUUCGAGGUACAGCACGAUUAUUCUGGACGAAGCUCACGAAAGAACUAUGGCCACCGAUGUGUUGAUGGGUCUGUUGAAAGAGGUUGUCGUGCGUCGUCCUGAUCUGAAGAUUAUUAUCAUGUCUGCUACACUGGAUGCACAAAAGUUCCAGCGGUACUUCAUGGACGCGCCCCUGCUCGCUGUUCCCGGACGAACCCACCCAGUCGAGAUCUUCUACACCCCCGAGCCGGAGCAGGACUAUGUUGAGGCUGCAAUUCGCACGGUUCUGCAGAUCCACGCCAGCGAGGAUGAAGGCGAUAUCCUAUUGUUCCUGACAGGUGAGGAAGAGAUUGAGGAUUCCGUGCGCAAGAUUUCCCUGGAAGCAGAUGAGAUGAUGCGAGAAGCCGACGCUGCUCCCUUGAAGUGCUACCCGCUGUACGGUAGUCUUCCUCCACACAUGCAGCAACGUAUUUUCGAGCCAGCACCUGCUGCACGAGGCCCAGGUGGCCGCCCCGGUAGAAAGUGCAUCAUUUCGACCAACAUUGCUGAAACUUCGCUUACCAUUGACGGUAUCGUGUAUGUCGUGGACCCCGGUUUCUCUAAGCAGAAGAUCUAUAACCCUCGUAUCCGUGUCGAGUCUCUCCUCGUUUCCCCCAUCUCUAAAGCCUCUGCGCAACAGAGAGCUGGUCGUGCCGGUCGUACACGCCCCGGAAAGUGCUUCCGUCUUUACACUGAGGCGGCUUUCAAGAAGGAAUUGAUUGAUCAAACAUAUCCUGAACUUCUCCGUUCCAACCUUUCGUCGACGGUCCUGGAAUUGAAGAAGCUUGGCAUCGACGACUUGGUUCAUUUCGACUUGAUGGAUCCUCCUGCUCCUGAGACUCUGAUGAGAGCCCUAGAGGAACUCAACUACCUGGCCUGUCUCGACGACGAGGGCAACUUGACUCAGCUUGGUCGUCUCGCAUCAGAGUUCCCUCUCGACCCUGCCCUCGCUGUCAUGUUGAUCAGCUCGCCAGAAUUCUACUGCUCGAACGAGAUCCUUUCCAUUACGGCACUCUUGUCUGUUCCCCAGGUGUUCGUCAGACCCGCAUCCCAACGAAAGCGCGCAGACGAAAUGAAGAACCUCUUCGCCCAUCCCGACGGCGACCACCUCACUCUCCUCAAUGUCUACCACGCAUUCAAAAGCCCCGAAGCUCAGGAGAACCCCAAGCAAUGGUGUCACGACCACUUCCUCUCCCUCCGAUCCCUCCAGUCCGCAGACAAUGUCCGCAUGCAACUCCUUCGCAUCAUGGAGCGCUCAGAGCUAGACAUGGUCUCCACACCAUUCGAAGACAAGCGCUACUACGAAAACAUCCGCCGCGCGCUGUGUGCUGGAUUCUUCAUGCAGGUCGCCAAGAAGGAAACGCAGGGCAAGAACCAGUACAUCACAAUCAAGGACAACCAGAACGUUCUCCUCCACCCGUCCACUGUGCUGGCAAUUGAAGCGGAAUGGGUUUUAUACAACGAAUUUGUCCUGACAACCAAGAACUACAUCCGGACAGUCACUGCCGUCAAGCCAGAAUGGCUAUUGGACAUCGCCCCCACAUACUACGACAUCUCCGGCUUCGCCAAGGGCGACGUCCGCUCGUCCCUCCUUCGCGCCGCCGAAAGACUCGCUCGCAAAGAGAAGAUGCGCGCUGACCCCGGCAAGAGACGAUAA